ACAGGGGUUUCUCCCGUCUUUUGCGUUCUAUAAGCCCUCCCAUCUACUAUGUCUUCUGGUACAGAGGGAGGAAGGCGCACGCCCACUAGUAGUACUGGCGCUGGCACUCCACCCCCCGUCGAUGACACGCCCCUCGCCGUCUUUUUCGCUCAGUUCGCGUCCUUUUCCUUCAACGCCAACCAGUCCUCAAACAAGAACUUCGAUCGCCUUGUCAGGGUCAUAAGAUGUGGCCCCCAAGAUCCGGAGAGGCGUGAAGUACGAGAGGGGUUCAAAGACGCGCUCGUUCAGGAGUUCAAUGCGCGUUUUGGAAUUGAUGGAAACGAUAUUUCUAACUGGCAGAAUUUGUGUCGUGUGCUGCGAAUCGAUCCUGUUCCAGAUUCGAUCGAAGAGUGUCGCCUGCGCGUUUGGGACACACAUGUCAAUCUUGUAGACCUUGUUGAUUCAGCGAGGACUGGGAAGCCUGUAAAGCUGUUUGCAUCCCUGGGAGAGUUGACAGCAUAUACUCUCCAGAAGCCGAAGAAAUUCUUUCCGAAGGAGAAUGCGUAUCAAGGCGGGUUGCUGAAGGAGUUGCUGCGGGAGAUAAUAAACCCGUACUUCGGGAAGCGCAGGAACGGGAGUGCGAAGAGGAAAGAAAGAAAGAGGAAACAGAAGGCCGCAAGGGCAGCAGCAGGAAGUGACUGAACGCGUGUUUAGUGGCUGGAGCUGUCCCUUUGAAUUCGUUUCGCAACAUUCACUUUUACUACGUUCUCUGUACCAGUAGCAUGCGCAGACUGCGCACUAUGACCUGUCAACAACUUGUAUUACUUAUCUCGCAGAUAGAACUUUCGAAGCGUCAAAUAUGUGCACGUUCAUCCGC